AUGCCCGAAGCGCCGCUUACAUGCGACGAGGUCCUGGGUCGCGGGUGGAACGACUUCUCGGACAGCGAGAUGCGAUCGCUGCUCCGUUCAGAGCGCAAAAAGAUGACGGAGACGUUCAACAACCUACCCGACGACAACCGGCCGCCCAAAAAGGCCUUUGACGGCUGGUACGAGCUGGCGCCGUUUCAGCUACGAUGGGAGUUUGAAGAGUAUCUCGAAGAAGUGCCCGAGACGAUUGAAGGUUCCCCGCUGCCGAUACCCGGGGCCCGUGCCAUUAUAGCUCCUCAUGCCGGAUAUGCCUACUCAGGACGUUGCUCCGCGUGGGCCUUUCGCUGCCUGGAUCUCUCCAAGGCCAAGCGCGUGUUUGUGCUGGGGCCGACGCACUACUUUUACUUUACGGGCCUCGCUCUGUCGACGUAUUCCAAGUACAGCACCCCCCUCGGUGCCUUCACCGUCGACCAGCAGACGCUGCGUGACAUUGCCGCGGCCGCCGAGUCGCACGGCAAGCCCGAGGUGCGCAACAUUCCGCGGCGUCGCGAGAUUGACGAACACAGCCUCGAGAUGGAGAUUGCAUUUCUCUAUCAGCGCUGCGAGGCCGUCUUUGCCACGCCCGCCGAAUUCCCCUCCAUCGUGCCGAUGCUCGUGUCCGGCGGCGCGGCCGACGAAAAGGCCACUGGCCGGCUGCUGCUGCCGUACCUGCGGGACCCCGAGAACGCCUUUGUCGUGAGCUCAGACUUUUGCCACUGGGGCCGCCAGUUCAGCGACUAUCGGCCGUACUUCAAAGGAAACGACCGCAGCAAGCUGGUGAACCUGCGGGAUUCAGACGCGCCGCCGCAACCGCCGAUCCACGAGAGCAUCCGCAUGCUCGACUACGAGGCCAUUGAGGCGAUGGAGACGGGCUCGCACGACGCGUUUGUGGAGAACCUCGAGGAGACGGACAAUUCGGUCUGCGGGCGACAUCCGAUUGGGGCCAUGAUGGCGGCGCUGGAGCUGCUCGGCGCGGACAGCAAGGGCGAGGACAAGCCGCGGUUCAAACACGUCCGGUACGAUCGGAGCGCGCUACUGACGGACCCGACCAAGUCGAGCGUGAGCUACGUGUCUGCGUAUGCAACGUUUUGA